CCAAUCUAAAAAAAAACUACCGCUGUUUCAGACUCCCCCACUUCAACCACCCACUCCAGAAUGGAUUCCUCUGGAUUCUCCAUUCUCAACGGGACCCUCGACAAAUCUCACUGGGUUCUUCAAAUCAACGACCUUAUUCACCAAAAUGCCCUCCCUGCCGCCUCUCAUACCCCCAUUUCCAUCUUCCGACUACCGGAAUCCGUCCACGACGGCGACCAGGCGUCAUACCUCCCCUGCCAUGUCGCGCUGGGGCCGUACCACCAUUUCCGGCCAGAGCUUUCCAAGAUGGAGCUGUUCAAACUUGGGAAAGCCAAGAAUCUGAAUUGGGAUCCCCAACUCCAUGAGCUCGCAGAUCAGCUUAAGCCAUUGGAGCUCAAAAUCCGAGCUUGUUUUGAUCAAGCCCUUGAAAUUAGUGGCGAAACCUUAUCAUGGGUACUCCUCAUUGAUGGUUUGUUUCUAAUUCAUCUACUACUUCAAAAUAAGUAUAGGUGUCGUCCCUUUCAAUUCCCUCUACAGAUAUUUUAUGGGAAGUUAUCGUCUGAGUUUGAGAUUGUUAGUGAUAUGGUGAAGCUUGAGAAUCAGAUUCCAUUGUUUGUUCUCAAUGAAAUUUGCCCCAAAGAAUCCAACAACUUCUUGGCUCCUCUUUUAUACCAAUUCUCUGCCUCUGUUUCCCCAAUACAAUUGCCCUAUUUCAACCCUCGAUUGGAAUGCUUUGGAUUCUCCUCUUAUUUGCCUGAAAUCUUCGAUUUGUCUCACCAUUUGCUACAUUUUCUCUAUUAUCUGAUUUUGCUUAUUCCCGAAGAGAUAGACGUGUCUAAUCAUAGGCGAAGAGAUAGGGAGAAUUCUUCUCCUUCUUCUUCCUCUGUUGAAUUUGUGAGUCAGUGCUUCGAAAUUUUGGGCUCUGUUAUUAAUUUAGCCUUCAUUCAACAAGUCAAAGAGACCUUUGGUUUAAUUCAACGCGUGUAUAAACUUCUGGGUUUUAUAACUAAAUCAAAUUUGGUUGAGAAAAAACCUCUUUUGAUUAUUCCUUCUGCAUCAGAUUUGAAAACUGCUGGAUUCACUUUCAAAUCCACCGGAGCUGGUAUUCUCAAGUCUCGUUUUGAUAAGGAAACCCGCACUUUAACAUUGCCUUGUAUUCAUCUUGAUGGAUUCUCUCAAGUUUUUCUCAAGAAUCUAGUGGCGUUUGAAGCAAUGGCAGAGCUGAAUCCGCCUUGUUUGACCAAAUACACUGCGGUAAUUAAUGGGCUAUUGAGAAAUUCCAAAGACUUGAAGAUUUUAGAGAAAGCAAAGAUUGUUCGUAACCAUUUGAACAGUGAAGAAGAGGCUGUGGAGCUGUUUAAUGGGGUUGAGAACUCAACUAGCAGCUUGAAGAAAGACAGACUUUUGAAAAUCCAUCUGAAGGGUGGUUUCGUUUCUGAGUAUGGGGGUAAGUUCGUUCAAGAUGUCAAGAGGAACUAUGAACUGGGAUUGGGGGCUAUGGCUGAGGGGAUCAACAAAAUCUAUGAUAAUUGCUGGAGAAUGAAGAUGAAGAAAUUUAUGUCUCUUGUAUUCAAGUGUUUUGCCAUUCUUGUCCUUGUUUUCCUCAUUGUUCUUGUGAUUGCUAGAUUUCUUUGCAAGUUUCUCACCUGUCCUGUGGGAAUCUUUCAAACUGUCAUUGCUCUUCAUCAGAUGUAUUGAGAAUAAUCAUGUUGAUCAUCUAAGAACAUGAUGAGAAAUUAGUGGAGAAUUAUGAAAGGCAAGUACCCAUAAAA